AUGUCGUCCGAGACCGCCCCCGCCGCUGUCGCGCCCACCUCGCCCAAGGCCGCUGCCGCCACCCCCGCCCCCGCUGCCGCCGGUGAGGCCAAGGCCCAGCCAGCUGCCGCUGGCCAGCCCGCUACCUCGGCUUCGCUCUACGUUGGCGAGCUCGACCCCUCGGUCACUGAGGCCAUGCUCUUUGAGAUCUUCAACAUGGUCGGCCCCGUCGCCUCCAUCCGUGUCUGCCGCGACGCCGUCACCCGUCGCUCGCUCGGCUACGCCUACGUCAACUACCUCAACGCUGCCGACGGCGAGCGCGCCCUUGAGCACCUCAACUACUCGUUGAUCAAGAACCGCCCCUGCCGCAUCAUGUGGAGCCAGCGUGACCCCGCUCUCCGCAAGACUGGCCAGGGCAACAUCUUCAUCAAGAACCUUGACGAGAAGAUUGACAACAAGGCCCUCCACGACACGUUCGCUGCCUUCGGCAACAUCCUCUCGUGCAAGGUCGCCACCGACGAGAACGGAAACUCGCGCGGCUUCGCUUUCGUCCACUACGAGACUGGCGAGGCUGCUGACGCCGCCAUCAAGUCGGUCAACGGCAUGCUGCUGAACGACAAGAAGGUCUACGUCGGCCACCACAUCUCGAAGAAGGAGCGUCAGUCCAAGGUCGAGGAGCAGCGCGCCAAGUUCACCAACGUGUUCAUCAAGAACCUCAACCCCGAGACCUCGCAGGAGGGCCUCGAGGAGAUGUUCGGUGCCUUUGGCGAGAUUGUCUCCGCUGCCCUCGCUUCGGACGAGGCUGGUUCGUCCAAGGGCUUUGCCUUUGUCAACUACACCUCGCACGAGGCCGCCAAGAAGGCCGUCGACGAGCUCAACGACAAGGAGAUUGAGGGCCGCAAGCUCUACGUCGGCCGUGCCCAGAAGCGCGCCGAGCGUGACGAGGAGCUCCGUCGCCAGCACGAGGAGCGCCGCCAGGAGAUUGAGACCAAGUCGGCCAACAUCAACCUCUACGUCAAGAACAUGGACGACGAGUGGGAUGACGACCGUCUCCGCCAGGAGUUUGACUUUGCCGGCACCAUUACCUCGGCCAAGGUCAUGCGCGACGAGAAGGGUGUCUCGCGCGGCUUUGGCUUUGUCUGCUUCUCGUCGCCCGACGAGGCUACCCGCGCCGUCCAGGACAUGAACGGCAAGAUGAUCGGCACCAAGCCCCUCUACGUCUCGCUUGCCCAGAAGAAGGAGGCCCGUCGCCAGGCCCUCGAGUCGCAGAUGCAGCAGCGCAACGCCCAGCGUCUCCAGUACGCCGCCGCCAACGGCAUGGGUGGCCCCCAGGGCUACAUGCAGCCCAUGUACUACCCCGGCCCCAUGGGUCCCUACGGCGGCCCCAUGAUGCCCGUCCGUGGUGUCGUCGGUGGCUACCCCGGUGCUCCCCCCAUGAUGGGCGCCCGCCCCGCUCGCUACCCCCCUUCGGGCCAGCCCGGUGCCCCCGUCCCCAUGGGCUACAUGCCCCCCAACGCCGCUGGCUCGUACCCCGGCAUGCCCCCCAACUACCCCGUCCGCCCCGCCGGUGGUGCUCGCCCCCCUACCGCCGCUCCCGCCGGUGCCCGCCCCUCGGGCUCGUCGCCCGUCGGUGCCCAGCAGGGUCUCCCCCGCGGCCAGAUCCCCGCUCGCCCUCAGUUCGACGGCCAGCAGGGUGCCCCCGCUCCUGCCCGCCUCAACGCCCAGGCUCUUGCCCGUGCCCAGCCCGUUGAGCAGAAGCAGAUGCUCGGUGAGGCCAUCUACCCCCUCAUCCACGAGUCGCAGCCCGAGCUCGCCGGCAAGAUCACCGGUAUGCUCCUGGAGAUGGACAACGCCGAGCUCCUCCACCUCGUCGAGUCGCCCGCCGCCCUUACCGAGAAGGUCGACGAGGCUCUCCGCGUCCUUGAGGAGUGGGGCAAGAACGACGAGGAGGCCGCCGCCGCCGCCGCUGCUGCCGCUGAGGGUGCCGAGGGUGCCGCCGCCCCCGCCGAGGAGGCUGCCGCCGAGGCUGAGGCUCCCGCCGCUGAGGCCGAGGCCAAGGCCGAGUAA